AAACUUGAAGAGGAAAAACCACAAUCCAAGUUUUUUUUUAGCCUUAAAACUUGAUCAUUGUUGUUUGAGGAUGGCUUCCGGAGGAUCAAAAUCAGUAGCCUUAGUUCUUUUAACCCUCAAUCUAGUGUUGUAUUUCAUUGUGAUUGUAAUUGCUUCAUGGGCUAUGAAUCAUGGCAUUCAAAGGUCUGGGGAAGCAGCAUCAGUUUUGACCACUCCAGCUCACAUAUUCCCAAUAUACUUUCCAAUGGGGAACAUGACAACUGGUUUUUUCAUAAUCUUCACUCUAAUUGCUGGUGUUGUGGGUUUCACUACAUCAGUAACUGGAUUGAAUAAUAUAUUCCAAUGGAAUGCUCCUAAUUUAAAUGCUGCAGCCAUGUCUUCAUUAACAACAUGGGCACUCACUUUGUUAGCCAUGGGAUUUGCAUGCAAAGAGAUUGAACGUGGUUGGACUGAUUCAAACCUGCGCACCCUUGAAACAAUCACAAUAAUUGUAACCGCAACACAACUGUUAUGCACGACUGUUAUCCAUGUUGGUGCUUCAGAAGUUCCACAGAGAAGAGUAUAGUUUCAACCUUCAGUUGGAGCCACUGCCAUACUACAGAAUUGUGACUUAAUUUCUUUGUUUUUUUUUUACACAAAAAUUGGUUCAGUCUCUCUUUGUUUUUUUAACUACAUCUUGAUGUAUUUCAGUACUUAUAAAUUGAUGUCCA